UGUAUGCCGGAGCAUAGCUAAAAGGACUGAAGCAAACAUCUCACCAUGAGGGACCCACUGACAGAUUGUUCGGGGAGGAAGGAGGCCUGAAAGUAUCACAUCAUUCAUAGAUGACAACUUAUGUUUGUGGAAAUAGAAAUGAGAAAGCUUGGUUGCCCAAUAGUGAUUUUACUCUCAUGGCUUAGAGGAGAAUCAUUUCUUCAUGACGGAGGCUGCACUUGGAUUGCACUACAGUAUAAUAAAGUAUACAAGAACCUAAAGGAGUUUUCUCAAAAUGGAGAAGAUUUCUGCAAGCAGAUCACAUCCAUUCUUCAGCAAAGGGCAAAUUUGGAGAUCAGUUAUGCCAAAGGACUUCAGAAACUGGCAACCAAACUCAGCAAAACAUUACAGAGCACAAAGAAAAACUGUGUUGUCAGUGCCUGGGCCUGGGUCUCGGAGGGCAUGAAGUCGGCAGCGGACCUGCAUCAAAAACUUGGCAAAGCAAUUGAGUUGGAAGCAGUAAAACCAACUCAUCAAGUCCUGAGUGCACAUGAAAAGAAGAGAAAAUCACUUGAUAAUGAAGUUGAAAAGACAGCAAAUCUUGUCAUUAGCAACUGGAAUCAUCAAAUUAAGGCCAAGAAGAAAUUGAUGGUUAGUACCAAGAAGCAUGAAGCGCUUUUCCAUCUUGUAGAAAGCUCCAAGCAAAUUACGACCGAGAAGGAGAAGCAGAAGCUCCUCAAUAAACUGAAAAAAUCAACUGAGAAGCUGUCAAAAGAAGAUGAAAAUUACUACCAAAAAAACAUGGCCAGCUGUUCUACCAGACUGAAAUGGGAGAACACACUGGAAAAUUGCUUCCAGAGCAUCCUGGAGCUGGAGAAGGAAAGAAUUCAACUCUUAUGCAAUAACUUAAACCAGUACUCACAACAUAUUUCUGUUUUUGGCCAAACCCUGACCACAUGCCACACGCAGAUCCACUGCGCCAUCAGCAAGAUAGAUGUCGAAAAUGAUAUCCAGGCUCUCGUGGAAGAAACCGCAGUUUCAUCUACAGAAAAUAAAUCUGAGUUCCUAUUAACUGAUUACUUUGAAGAAGAUCCUAAAAAUGCAAUGAGUAAAGAGCGACAGGCAUCUUCAAUAAAGUCAAAACUGUUGAGACUGCAAAAAGAUAUUGAAAAAGCCUCGCGAGACCAGCAAGGCCUGGAACGAAUGCUGAAAGCAUACUCCAGCCACCCCUGCUUCUCAGACACAGAGAGCCAAAAAAGCACAGCAGCCUUAAUGGACGAGAAUAACUUGAAACUAAUGCUUUUGCAAGCAAACGCCUAUAAACUGUCAUCCGUCUUAGCAGAACUUGAGCAAAGACCUCAACCCAGCCAUGUCUGUAGUAACUCCAUCUUCAAGUGGAAAGAAAAGCAGCAGACACAUAGUUCUGUAAAAAUAUCUCGGCCUUUUCUGACAAAGAGAUUAGAGAAUGUUGUGAGCAGGUCAUCUUCUGGUGGGCAGAGAAUUCCAAGUUCUUCAUCUACAGCCUCCGGUGUGACCCAGCUCGGCAAUGGUCUCUGCAAGGCCUUAUAUUCUUUCCAAGCCAGGCAAGAUGAUGAACUGAAUUUGGAAAAAGGUGACAUUGUGACUAUACACAAGAAGAAAGAUGAAGGAUGGUGGUUUGGUUCUUUAAAGGGAAAAAAAGGCCAUUUUCCUGCUGCUUAUGUGGAGGAACUCCCUUCAAAUGCCGGGGACACAUCUUCACAAGCGUGAAGAGGAUCUUUCAGAAUCAAUGCCUCGUGCCUUCUCGCUGUAUGGUUCAAAACAUUGUAUCAAGAAUUUGUGGUAUGAGACAUGGUUUUCCUCUAGUUUCAAUGAAUGAAAACAUUUUCUUAAGUUCUGUUUGUUCCUUGAGAAUAUAUUUCAAGCAGUAAAUAUGUACUCACUAUA